GAUUGGUUGGGUGCAUAAUCCGCUUUACAGACUGAAUGAGCAGCAGGGAUUCAGCUUGUAAAAGGAUCCUGCAAUGUGUUUAGGGUUGCUUUGUUUUCUGACGGCGCACAGGAACAAGACCCUGGCAGCUACUGAGUGCUGCCAGAGGAGUUCAUUCUCAGUGUGAGACUGAAAGUACAGAGUGAAGACUUCGGGGGGGAAACACCUGCUGUCUGCUUUUCUGUGCGUCUUGUAUUUUAAUGAGAGAAGCCAUGCCUGUCCUCUCACCUAGCACUGGCCUACAUGAGAUGCUCGCAUUGCUCACGUCUCAGCUGCAUCCUGGAGCAAAUCACAAAGAGGACCUAGUGUUUCUUCGAGAGGUUUUCAGUGAGAGGAGUCUUGGCUACCUCAUGAGAAUUCAUGAGCGCCUCAGGCAGUAUGAACAGCAGAGUCCGACGCCUAUGCUUCACAGUGCUGCCUGUCUGGCAGAGGAUGUGGCUGAGGAGCUGCAGAAUGGGUCGCUAGAAGGAGAUGAGAAGGAGCUGCUAAUGCUUCUGACUACUCCACAUGUAAAGGCGGUGCUAACAGUGCACGACACAGUUGCGCAGAAGAACUUUGAUCCUGUGCUGCCUCCAUUGCCUGAUGAUCUAGAUGAUGAGCUGGAGGAGGAGUCAGUCAAGAUUGUUCGUCUUGUGAAAAGCAAGGAGCCUCUAGGGGCAACUAUCCGCAGGGACGACGUCACCGGGGCAGUGGUCGUCGCUAGGAUAAUGAGGGGUGGGGCUGCUGACCGCAGUGGUCUGGUGCAUGUGGGAGAUGAGCUCAGAGAAGUCAACGGAAACCUCAUCACCCAUAAGCGGCCUGAUGAAAUCAGCCAAAUUCUGUCUCAGUCUCAGGGCUCCAUCACUCUGAAGAUAAUUCCUGCCAUUAAGGAGGAGGACAAACACAAGGAGAGUACGGUCUAUUUAAGAGCCCUAUUUGACUACACCCCAUUUGAAGACAAGGCCACACCCUGCCAAGAGGCAGGACUUCCUUUCAUGCGAGGUGACAUCUUGCAGGUGGUGAGUCAGGAUGACCCUACAUGGUGGCAGGCCAAGCGUGUGGGGGAUAGCAACCUGCGAGCUGGCCUUAUCCCAUCAAAACACUUCCAGCAGAGGCGCCUGACACAUAAGCUGAAAUCUGGCACUUCCCAGAGUCCAAAAUCAUCACGUGUGCAAUCCUAUGACCAGCCAUGUGAAAAAGAGGACUGUGACUGUGAGGGAAGUGGACAGCACAUAGUUUCUCCAAAGUGUAAGGCGGUGGCACCCACCUGUGGUCAGGCCUUUUCCUGGGAGUUCUAUUCAGCAAGUCUUAGGAGAAGUUUCCGGUUAAGUCGUAAGGAUCGAGACAGCUCUCCUGAAGUCUCUCAGUCUACAGAAUCUGGAGAAUCUAAGUUUUUUGUCUAUGAAGAGGUCACACUCUAUCAGCAGAAGCCUUCAGUCAAACCCAGGCUGGUGGUAUUAAUCGGGUCUCUGGGUGCUCGAAUCAAUGAACUGAAACAAAGAGUGAUUGCUGAAAACCCACAUCAAUAUGGUAUAGCUGUACCACACACCACUCGGCCUAGGAAGAGCCAUGAAAAAGAAGGUGUUGAAUACCACUUCAUCUCAAAGCAGGCCUUUGAGGCAGACAUUCAGAGUAACAAGUUUAUUGAGUAUGGAGAAUAUAAAGAGAACCAAUAUGGGACAAGUUUGGAGUCUGUUCGGAGCGUGCUGGCCCGAAACAAAAUGUGUUUGGUGGAUAUUCAACCUGAGGCUCUAAAAAUCCUCCGCACAGCUGAGUUUAAGCCUUACGUGAUCUUUGUCAAGCCAUUGAUUCCUGAGAGCCAGCACCAGUGCAGCAUAGCCAAAUCACCAACAGGAGGCGACAAUGGACACAUCACGGAGGAAGAGCUUAAGGAAAUGCGUCAUUCAGCUGAGCAGCUGGAGCUGCACUAUGGCCACUUUGUGGAUAAGGUCCUAGUGAAAGAAGACCCCACCAUCGCUUGUGCAGAGCUCAGGACCAUCCUCGAGCUACUGGAGAGGGAGCCACAAUGGGUUCCAGUCAGCUGGGUCCGAACAUGAAUCUUUUUAGAGCAUGCAAUAGGGUGCUCAUAAACCUGAUCGCCUCUGUGUCGAGCGCAGAAGUACAUCUAAACUUCUAUAUUGUAGGUGUUGCUGAUAGAACCUUAAGUCUUGCAUGAAGUAUUUUCAGAACAAAUGACAUCCAUAAAACAUGGCUCAGGCUCACAAGUGUAACUAAGGUGAAUUAGAUAUGAGCAUCAGUGCAAGCAGAAAUUUUAUGUACAGAUAAACUGGUAUUUAUUUGAACUCUAGGCACAACAAUGGAUUUCAAUGGGGCAUCAGGUAAUAUAUGACAAAUAGAACUUUACUUGUGCUCCUUUAAUGAUAUGAGGAAUAAUGGGAUUAUGGAUUAUUAUUUUUUGGUUGUAUUUGAGGUUUAAUAAGCACACGGUAUCUAAUACAACACAACAACAGGUUGUGAAUAUAGUUCACAACCUUUAGCUCCAGGGCCUCCUGAGUUUCUUUCCCUGAAUUUCCCAAGUCUGUGUGGGUUUCUUCCCUCUUCUCUGGUUUCCUUUAACAUUCCAUAAACACUCCACAUGCAAAGAUUGUCAGAAUGUAGAUUUCAUUUGUUAAAUUGACCCUGGUGUGAAUGAAUGUGCCCCAUGCCCAGGUUUCGGGGGACAGCUUCUGGAUCUUCUGCAACCCUGGCCAGGUUAAAGCGAUUCCUAACGAUUAAUGAAUGAGUGUAAUAUAUGAUUUAGUGGAUUCAUUAGCAAAUCAAGAAUAUAUGCAAACUUGAAGACAAGAUAAAUGAACUGAAGGCUUUUAAUACAUGUAAAAGUCCCACUUUUUCCAUUGUAAUGUGCCAAUUUACCUCAGAGAAUCCACUGAAUGAAGAAAGGGGUGUGGGUUGGGGGGGCAGAUUUCGGGGGUUUUAAAUCAUACGUUUUCCUUUGAAAAACAAAAGUAGUUUAAAUACAUCGUAAUAAUUAAAAUAAAUUGUUUUUGUUUUAUAACAUGCACAAACCUUUUAGUGUUUUUCUUUACUUACUUAUAGUUUUGGUUCUUUACAUUCUUUACAGGAUACAAUUAUAGUCUUUAUACUGAAAAUAAUUGUCAUUUUCGUGUUCAGUAAAUACAUGCUCUUAUUAACAACAACAAAAAAAAACUAUUAUGGCCUGAAUAGUGUACCUUUCCCACUGAGAAACUUGUUUUCCCUUCAUAAAGUCAAUCCUAGAUAUAGAGCUCAGUGACAUAGCCAUGAAAAAUGUGUCAGGUUUACUUCAUAUUCUGCCUCUUGUCUAUAUGUGAUGACUGUAUAUAUCCCUAUAUAUAUAUAUAUAUAUAUAUAUAUAUAUAUAUAUAUAUAUAUCCCAGUGUUACAUAACAUCGUUAUAUUUGCAAUGAUUUGCCGGGGUGCUGUUGGGUGAAUAAGACCAAUAUUUAUUACCCAUUUGUCGUAAAUGUUUGAGUCCUUUCGUCUGUAAAAACUAUAGUCAUGACUGAUGUGUUGGCUGUCUUAUUUAAAAUGUAUUGGCAAAAUAUUACAGGAUAUUAAUAUUCAGUAUCAAAUUUCAAACAUGAUUUUCAAAUAAAUCGUAGUAUUCAGGAAUGAGGCAUGUUAAAACCUUGGAAUCAUGUAAUAAUAGUAUGUAUUGCCUUAUAACCCUUGUGCUAAUAUAAAUAUAAAUUGUGACCAGGUCCUUCUUUCAUCUGAACAAAUGUGCUAAUACAUAGUUAUGGACAUGAGGUUGGAAGACUAUUAUUUUUAUAUUAAUAUAAGAUGAUGACAACUCUAAUAAAGUGUGAAUUUUAA